GAGUGACUGCGAGAACUGGAAAAAAUUAUAUAAAAUGAGAGGAUUGGCAGCAUAGUGGUAUACGCGGCAUGUGACGUCACCAGCAGACAGCCUCUGUGUUUUGAUGAUAUUUGACAGCUACCAAAAUAUUCUAAUUUUAUGAACCACAGCCCCCGAACUAGUAGUGAACAUGGAUGGAGAUCUUAGCGAGGGAGGAAUGCAGACAGUUGCCCUGAAUGAUGGAACACACUGUGGGGAGACUCAGCCUCUAGCAGGCAUUCCUGUAUCCAAUGCCAUACCAAAUUCUGGAUUACAGAAUCAGGUCACGUCCCCCACGCAGAUCAUUCCCCCACCUCAGGCUCGACCAACAUCCCUCCCACAGUACCCUCACAACCCAGGGUCAGCCUACAAUUCACCCAAUAGUGCAAGCAGUCCUGAAUACGGCAAUAAGUGGGACUGUUAUAUCUCGCCGUUUCCAGCCAUGUCGCCUAUUCCAUUAGCUACUCCAACAACUCCUGGCACUGAAAAUGGUGGGGCUGCUGUAGUUCGUACAAGUUCUAGUAAAAUGGAAUCGAUCAAGUCUUGGUCCAUUUCCACAUACAAGUGUACCAAGCAGCUUUUAUCUGAGAAGUUAGGAAAAUCAUCUCGAACAGUAGAUUCAGAGUUAGAAGGACAAAUUGAAUCUCUUCGAGACACUCAACGCAAAUACUCCCAGAUAUUACGAUUGGCAAGAGCUUUGUCCUCGCAUUUCUAUCAUGUUGUGCAAACACAGCAACAGUUGGGGGAUGCUUUUGCAGAUUUGGCACAGAAAUCACCAGAACUUCAGGAGGAGUUUAUAUACAAUGCAGAGACUCAAAGGACACUUACCAAGAAUGGAGAGACACUUCUAGGUGCACUGAACUUCUUUGUCUCAUCAGUAAAUACUUUAUGUAACAAGACUAUGGAAGAUACUUUGCUUACAGUUAAAUUGUAUGAAGCUGCAAGGAUCGAGUAUGAUGCUUACCGGAGUGACUUGGAGAUGCUUGCUCAACAGCCUCGUUCUGAAGUCAGCUCGAUCAAGUUAGAAGAAGCUCAGCGAAACUUUAAUGGACACAAAGCUCACUAUGAUAGACUCAGAGCAGAUGUAGCCAUUAAGCUAAAAUUCUUGGAUGAAAAUAAGGUGAAAGUAAUGCAUAAGCAGUUACUAUUGUUCCACAAUGCAGUAUCUGCAUACUUUAGUGGCAACCAGACUGCUCUGGAAGCCACCCUUAAACAGUUCAACAUUAAACUACGCAGCCCUAACACCGCACCUCCGUCAUGGUUGGAGCAGGGUGAAUACUAGCAGAUGUGUGGCCAUUGUCAAGUAUGAGGUGUUUCUUGUAUAAUGUAGAGCCAGUGUCUUAUGUCCAGCAGGGACUAGGGAAUAUGUUAAGUAACCCUUGUAGCCAUUGGUUAAAAAUUCCUAAAUGAAACCAGAGUUAUCCUUCCUUCUGUAACUUUAAGUGCUGAAGAACUUGUAAUUCAGAAACUCAUUCUACUGUCUUGGCCACUUUAAUGUACACAAUACAUUCAGUGUAAUGAUACACAAUACUCUCUUCACUGACAUGCUUUCCCCCCUUCCUUAGAGCAUUAACAACUGUGAAACGAUUAAUUACGAAAAGAAGAAAUGGUAAGACAGUUGGUAAGUUAAAGAUAUUGGUUUAUAAAUGUUUGACUAUUCUUUAUUAUGGCUUGUUUAUAAAUCAUUUUGAAAUUUUUUAGCAAAGACAUAACUAUAUUUUAGUAAUAAAAUGCAUUUAAUUUGUGGAAAUUUUUUCUGAAUCUAUAUUUGUGGGUGCUUUGAUAAAAAUGGCUGGUACUGCAGAUCUCUAAACUAGCUAGUUUGCCCAGGAAGCAUACUCUUGUAUCCUUUAUAAAGAAGUUAGAAUUUGCUUUUCUUAUACUGGACUGUAUUUAUGUGGUCAACUGCUAUGUAAAGUUUAGUGAAUAUCAAGGAGCUGUUGGUAAAAUAGAGAUAUUGUUUCUGUAAUAUAAGAGAUUUUAGCAUAAAAUUAUAUAAUUUUUGUUGUAAUAUUUCUGGGGCUCUGAUUUAGUAAUAUAGUAUAUUAAAGUAGUAUUAAAAAAAAGGAAAUAUAUAAGCUUGAAAAUAAUUUACAUGACAUAGCUAUAACUUACCUUAAUUACAGUUUUGUAAAAUUUACGUCACAUUUUGCAUGUUUAUCAGCAGUCUUUCCACUGUGCAAAGACAUGUAACCUGAUUCAUACUUAUUUGACAGGAAUAUAGUAUUUCUAUGGUUUUUCUUUUUACCAUAUUGCAUACUGGCCAUUUCCCAUCAAGGCACGAUAGUGUGACCUAGACUAUGAGAAUGAGAUUUAUUCUUCUGCUUCUUUAGCUACUCUUACUAAGAUAGAUAACAUUCAGUAUUUGGAUUUCAUUUGUGUUUGGGGACCUUUCAGUUGUCCUCUAUUUAAAGCCUGUAUGUGGAGUACAGCUAUCAAAAUAUCCAUUGUCGCUAUUAUCAUUAUUUUCAUAACCAUGAUUCUUUGACCAAUAAAAUUAUUACUUGUCUUAGAAAGGCAGUCGUCAUUACUCCCUUUUUGUUGCAUCCCUUCAGUAUACACUUAAUAAAAAUACUAAGUCCUUUGACUUACCUCCUCUCUUUGUUCUUCCUGUAUUUAGAAAGUCCAUGUGGUUCAAGUGUGUCCUCUUCCCUCUUCUAUUCCUGAAUUAUUAAUUUUGCUUUGGAAUCAUGUUCACUUGUCCCUCAUCAUUUCCAGUCACACUUAUGCUAUUGAUAUGUACACUAAUGGUAGUAAUUUAACAGCAUUAUGUAUGUGAAGCAAUAAAUCCAUGUGGGUCAUCCAGCAAAAUGAGCUGUGAAAGCUCUCAUGGUAUGGGACAUAUAGCUGUUUUCCCGUUACCUUUAUGAUCCAAAGUCAACUGCUGCAGUUGGCUAGUACUGUCAUAUAGUUGCAUGCUUUUUUGUUGCUAGUAUCCACAUUCAACCACAUCUGCCUCAUCAUUUGUUGUAGCCUCAGGGACUUAAAGCACAUUGCAAGAAUGUAAACCUGUGGUUCCUCACAUUCCCAUCCCCCUUCUCAUUCGUCCAUCCACAGUGCUUGCUGUGCCUCUGUAAACCUGUGGUUCCUCACAUUCCCAUCCCCCUUCUCAUUCGUCCAUCCACAGUGCUUGCUGUGCCUCAUCUUCAGCAGACAAAAAAGUUGUCUUUUGCUGGGUUACUGGCCAUGCUAGAGUUCAGGUGUUUUCUGCAACUCAAUACAGUACUUUUUAAUUUCCAACUAUUUAGUUGCCAUUUUUCUGAUAUUUUUUGUUACUCUCUCAUCUCUUGCAAGCUUGUGCCUGUGUACAGUAUUGAUUACAGCAAUGAACCCCGAGAAAUGUCAAGCCAUUUUAACAGCCUGGUAUCUUGCGACUGUCAUCUUCAUCACAGAGCAUGUUGGGUUCAUUUUCAACCUUUCCUUCAGUGCCCUGACAUACUUAUGUAUCCAUCUCUCUCUCUGUUGGUCACUGAUACUGAUACUGACCUCCUACUUUAACUCCUUCCUUUUGCCACUGUCUUUCACUAAAAACUCCUCUCUCUUCCCCCUCUACCAUCCUCUUUCAACGUUAUUCUGCAGCACUUAAUGACCAUGAUGGAUUCAACACUUUCCUUGAAUAUAAUGAUUCAUCUAGUUCUUAUACAGUACAGUAGCUCAUAUUUAAUGCAUAUAAAUGACACUUAAUUCUUGUACAGUACAUGAAAGCCAACAUAAAAAAAAAAAAAAAAUCAGCAUAAUUUACUAAUCAUUACUCUUAAAACUAGUAGGCCCUGUCAAGAUUUCAUGGGAUGGAACUAUGGUCUGAGAUAAUUGGCCAAACUAGUUUAAUUAUAAAUAAUAGAUUUUGUUAAUUUUUUUUUUUCAACAAACUGGCCGUAUCCCACCAAGGCAGGGUGGCCCAAAAAGAAAAACAAAAGUUUCUAUUUUUAAAUUUAGUAAUCUAUACAGGAGAAGGGGUUACUAGCCCCUUGCUCCCGGCAUUUUAGUCGCCUCUUACAACACGCAUGGCUUACGGAGGAAGAAUUCUGUUCCACUUCCUCAUGGAGAUAAGAGGAAAUAAGCAAGAACAAGAACUAGAAAGAAAAUAGAAGAAAACCCAGAGGGGUGUGUAUAUACAUGCUCGUACAUGUAUGUGUAGUGUGACUUGAGUGUAAGAAGAAGUAGCAAGACGUACCUGAAAUCUUGCAUGUUUAUGAGACAGAAAAAAAGACACCAGCAAUCAUACCAUCAUGUAAAACAAAUACAGGCUUUCGUUUUACACUCAGUUGGCAGGACGGUAGUACCUCCCUGGGCGGUUGCUGUCUACCAACCUACUACCUACAAUUUUGUUAAAUAUGGGUACAAAAUUAAUAAUACUACUAUGCUGUAUUACAUUUAUUUAAAAAUUAAAAAGCAGCAUACUUUCUUGUCACUGAUUACUAUAACUAGUAAAUGACCCUCGCUCAAUCUACUCUCUCGAUAGACCCCUUGAGUGUUAGUGGCUUUUUGGAAUUAUUUAAAAUAAUUGCCACACCAUUAAAAAUAUAUCUGUGAUCAAUGUCCUGCUCUUACUGAGCAGAAUUCCUUUAAUUUUCCUAAUUUGCCGGUAAUUAAAAUGUUGCCAAACUAUUGAUUCCAGGCUGGUUAGCUUGUUUUAAAGCUCUAAGACUAUUUGAAGGUGGGAAUCAUAUAUCCCAUUUAGAUGUAUGUUUAUGUACUGUUCAGGUACACUACUAAAUAAUAUGUUUAGAUAUGGUUAAAAGUUAUCACUGUUUAUCUUAAGUUAUUUUAACAGUUAACCAGAACUGAUUAGCCAUAUAUUUUGGCACUAUGUUCUGGUUUAAAGCAUAAUCCAUAAAAUUUAUUUUAAAAAAUCAAAACAUCAAUGCAAAAAGAAAAAACUAAUAAAUUUGUACUUACAUGGUAAUGGAUAAUUUUAGACCUGUGCUUGUUUACUUCACCAACAAGCUGAUUAAUCAAGACCAAACCUGGAGUGAAGAAAACAUAUUUCCCACAAGUUACUAAAAUUCUAGCAUCAUGGUUAGAUCUAAUUCAGUACAGCAUAUAUUUUACCUACACAGCCUAGAUCAGAAGUUUGAUUUACUGACUAUAUCAUGUAUCUUCAGAACUUUUUUGCAGUAUUAGUAUACUGUAAUUUGUUAUCAAGUUAUACAUUAAGAACUUAUGUACUGUAUGCAGAUAUAUUUUUGUAAAUCUGAAUUUUACUGCUGUAAUGAAAAUUUAUUACAGUAUUUAAUUGCACCAAGUUUAGCUCUCAUAAAUAAGUUAUUAGAAGUGUGUGCUCCGGGAUCAUUCCUUUGAUUUAAUGAUAUUUUGACGUAUUAAAGGCAGUAGUCUAUGGCCACCAAGAAACUGAUGUCUUAGCCAAAUGAGAUAUUGUAGAGACGUGUGAGUAAAAUUCAGUACAGUAAAAUAUUUUACUUAGAAAGCAAAAUGCAUGUCUUUAUUUAAUGACAUAUGGCUCAAUUAUGAGUUUUAUUAAACAUUUCACUCAAGUGUGAUCUGUAUUAAACAUUUUGCUCAAAUGUGAGUUCUAUUAAACAUCUAGCUCAUGUGUGAAGUCUAUUAAAACAUGUGUCUUUAUUGUUAGGUUUAUCAAGUCUUGAUAAAGCUCACACUACUGAAAUGUUCAGUGUCAAUAUUUUAAACAUUUUGUCAUUACAAAAUACAGUACACUACUGGAUGUUAUUGUCUUCAGUGAGCAGACAGGAAGUGUAACCCAACUUGUGAGUGGAUGCCAGUAAUAUUGCAGUCACUUUUAAAAACUUUUAUAAUACAAUUUAUAAUCAGGGAAUGACAGAAAUGUUCUUGGGGAAUAGGGGGGGGGGUACUAACAUGUACAGUACUUACAUCUGCAUCAUUAAUGCACAAGGACAAAGUUACUCUAGCAAAAAAGUUUCCAUAAAUAGUACAGUUACAGCAUAUACAGUAUUUUUCUUUUGUUGCAUGAAAGAACUGACUUUCCUUAGUCAUUCUGAUUUUAAUACAAGAGUGCCCCUAAUUUACAAAUGCCCAUGUUGCACACAUUUGACUAAAAAACUGGGCACUAAUGAACCAGUUCAAGUUUGCCAUCUGCUGAACUGUAGAAUGAAUGUGUGAAACAACCAUCCUUUGUAUUUUAUCAUACAACUAGUUUGCAAGUUAAACUGCCAGGAACACAACAAUUUAGUUGGAGACAUAUAUAUUUAUCCUCCCACUAUAUAAGGACAUAUGUCUAAAUCUUUAUAAAUAACUUUAUCUUAUACUUACCAAAGAGAGCAUACAGUAGUAAAAAAUGCUAAUAUUAUUGAAUUAUAACUUUUUUUAGGUACAGUAAUGUUUGUAAAUCUCUACAUUUCCUACUGCAUUCACAGUAAGCUUUUAGCCCCUAUACGUUUUCAUACAUGUCAUGUAUACAUCUACCUUAGUUUUUGAGGGAUGGUAGAGUAACACUCGAGAUGUUGAGCUUAACACUUAAAAAUAAAGGAAAUUAUAGAAGUUAAAUAAAAAGCCCAUUCUCUGACAGAGAUGAUGUAUUGGAGUCACUACAGCGAGGUCCAUUCAGUAGUACAGCUUGCUCCAUACAUUAGCUAAGAUAAUCUCUAUUGAGAACAGAGGAGCACUGUAGUGAUAGUCCUGCUCUUCCCAACCCUUCUCUUGUACACCUCUGCUGCCAAAUAAUUGUUUUCCUUUAUAAGAAGAGGAGCAUUGCAGUUGGCCUACUGGGCCAUACUAGGAAGGUCAUACUCUCAUUGAACCAUUUCCACUCAUGUAUAACUCUUAUUGCCUUAGUAUACAGAAACAUUAGAAUGUAAGAAAAGAUAAGCACUGCAAUAUGCUUACUUGUCCAUACUAUACAGGUUCGACUUUCUCCUAUCUAUUUCUACCUAUGUAUUUAAUCAAACAUAUUUUUGAAUUGUGUAGCAGCAGUAGCAGUACAGGUCGGCCAUCAAUAAUCCGGCAUCAUCGGGACCUGUAGGGUGCCGGAUUAGUGACUUUGCCAGAUUACAGAGUGGUUAGGUUAGAAUACACUUAACCCAACAGUGAUAUUUAUGCAUCAUAGCAACUGACAGUGGCUUCAAAGCCACCUUAUCUUUUAUGGACAAUGUAUGGUGUAGGUGCUUUACACAAUGAGAAGGAUUUCUUUUAUUCGUUGGAACCAUGGCUAGGGCUAAAAGUGAGCAGGUUUUAACAAUAAAUGGAGAAAAAGAAAUUGAAAUGACUUAUGCAGCAAGUACAGUGGACCCCCGCAUAACGAUUACCUCCGAAUGCGACCAAUUAUGUAAGUAUAUUUAUGUAAGUGCGUUUGUAUGUGUAUGUUUGGGGGUCUGAAAUGGACUAAUCUACUUCACAAUAUUUCUUAUGGGAACAAAUUCGACCAGUACUGGCACCUGAACAUACUUCUGGAGUGAAAAAAUAUCGUUAACCGGGGGUCCACUGUAGUGCCACCAAACAGUAGCAGCAGGCUGGUGUGGUGACCCCAGAAAUUUGAAAUUAUGCUAGCCAAAAUUAAUGCCAGAUUACUGAUGGAACCUGAUAGUUACUCAUUGCCGGAUAAGUGAUGGUCAACCUGUAGUAGUAGAUGUAUAAAAUUGCUGUACCUCUCAGAGGAAUGGAGUAUCAGUGAUGUCUUUAAAUUGUGGUCACACAUAUGGUGCAGUAUAUAUUAUAAUGGCUUUCCACCACAGCAUCUGAGAUUUUCAUAUUCAUCUCUGACUGUAGGAUUAUGCUGAACCAUGGAUUCAAAAUUCAGAUUUCAAAAGGAUAUAGGAAAAUAAUAGUCUGGCAAAGUUGUAGGAGAGGGAAACGAACUGCACAGUAUCAUCAUUGUGCACUAAACUGAUAAAUGAGUUGGAAUGCUUGGGUGGAAGUUGAAACUACCUAGCAUAGGCAUUAGAUCUACUGUAGUGCUCUUCUAUUUAUGCUUUUGUAAUCUUAUAUAGGAAUUACUACAAUGGGUUGGCAGUACUGUAGUUGUAUAUGAGUGAAAUGUAUGUGUGAGCAGGACCAUUUCAGCAUGGCCAGUAGGCCUACUGCAAUGUGAUUUUAUUCUUAUGUUCUACCCAAAAUAAUGGCUAUAAUAAGCAUAUACGUACUAUAUGUGGAUUAUGGGUAUUGUCAGGUGUUUUGAGGAUGAGUUAUGGUUUUGUUUCUAGCUGUACUUAAUAUACAUCUCCCACAGAGUUUAAUUAAUUGAGAUAUUUUACAAUUCACUGCCAAUUUUGUAAGGAACCAGGUAAGAAGCUGAUUUUUAUGUGAUGUGCAUUUAAGUGAAUGUACAGGACUAUGGAGUUUAUAGAUUUAAAGAUUAAUAAUACUACAUACAGUAUUCGACAACAUUAUCCUAUAAUUUUUAUUUCUGUUACGUUAUGCUCUUAAUAGAAAGGCUUUAUAUAUCUCUCUAAAAAAUUGAAUUUCACUGCUACUACUUCACAUACACUUCACUUCACAUUUAGCUCUAAGUGUCUGCUGUUGUUUGCAUAAUUUCAGUUACUAGGUAUAAAAUAUAAUAACUGGCAGUAAGCUAAUAGACAGCAGUCAUCUAGAGAGGUACAGUACUACUAUCCUGUCAUGCGAGUACGAAAUGGAAGCUUGUUAAUAUUUUUGAACUCUGGUAGAAUUGCAAGUAUUUUCUUUGUCUUGUGAACACACAAGAUGAUAGGCAAAUCUUAUUUGCAUUUAGUAUACACAUACUUUUACUUUCCUAUGUGCUUUCUAACUUUCUUACUCCUAUAAUAUCCUGCAUUUCCAUGGGGAAAAUAAUCUCCAGAACCACUAACUCACAACACUGACAGAUAGGUAUUUUCAGACAUGUAAAGCACUUUCUCUUUUUGGCUAUGAUUUAUGACUACUGCUCAGAAUAUAGUUGUAUAUAGUACCUACUGUACAUAUGGCCUAUGUACAACAUGGAAUAAGUAAUUAUUUCUUAUGAAAAUUUUUGUUUUGGAAGAUAGCAAACAUAUGUAUUAUAACUGAGCAGCAUGUGUCAGCCAGUCAACGUUUAGUAUAGAGUCAUGUCAUACACCAACCGAAUGUAAACAAAGAUGGGCCAGUAUGGAUGGCAGAGAUAAGGUUAAGUUGAUGUUAGGAUAUUUCAGGUUGGGUUAGGUGGAUUUUGUUUGGUUUGGUUAUGUUUUUUACAAUUUAUAAAACAAUGUCUUAACUGUAAAACCAACUUAAAAUUGUACAACUCAAGCUAUAAUUAAUGGCCAAAAUUGGCCCAGUAGCAGUCGUAUACUUUUACCAACUCUCUUAGCAGGAAAAAAAGUUACUCUACUCGUAAGAAAUAUAAUGAAUUUCAUCAUAACUCAAUAGAGCUAGAGGAUUUUCCUUCAAGGUACAGUAGAGUAAAUGUGGCAGGACACAAGAAGCUGAAACCAUUUUUGCACAGGUAGGGGUAAAGGGGUGAAUUUUUUCUUGGGAGUUGUAUGUGGUUGAAGCUAAUACUAUAUUUUUAUAGACUGUCAUCCAGAUUUUUUCCCAUUUGCCAUGCUGUAUAAUUUAUGAGUUUUUAAUUCAAGUCAUGUGCCUUGGAUAACUUAUAUUCUGUUAUAAUGGCUUAGUUAUUGAAAGUCUUGAUUAGGGAUAUUAAUGAUGAGAAUCAUGUUAAAAUGUAAAACCUAUAUACAGUAUGAAGACAAGACAGGUGCAUAACAAGCAUUGGUUGUGACAAAUGUUUUGAACUAUAUAGUGAAAUGUCACAAUAAAUGCUUAUUCUCUACCCAUCUUUUUCUUCAUUCCUGUACACUUUUGUAUCCAGUAAAACAUAUACUUGACCCUACCUACUGAUAACUAUUAUAAACUGUACAUUCCAGUACAGUACUUGUUUUUUUAAACUAAAUACUUACAGUAAUGUUAAAAAUUUACGACUGAGCUUGCCAGUUGUUUUCACGUGAAAAUAACUACAUUAACACUUAAUAACUAGGAACAACUGUCACACAUUAAAAGUGCUUUCAUCGCCAUUAAGUGUAGUGAUAACCAUGCCAGUGCAUCAGGAUUUCUUGCCUGUAUGCAAAAAUACUGCAAAUUUAACCGAUAUACUGAGAGCAUUUUAUUCUUUUCGAAACAUUCUUACAUUUCUCAUAUUCUUCCAUAGUGUAAGUAGUCAUGGAAAUGGGAUGUAUGUGUAGAAUGUAUCACAGUCUAAAAAUAUCAAGUCUGGAAAAUAAUGAAAUAUAUAGCAAAAGUUGAUAUUAGUUUUAUGAAUAUACUUGUUGUUGUAAGUGAUAACUCGUACAGAAGGAACUACUUGCCUUACUGCUUUACGUGGACUGAGUUUUACAGUAAACCAACAUAAAAUGUGUAUGGACCAUCGACUGUUAGUGCAGAUGUACACUUUGAGGUGCAAGCCAUUAAGUGGAUGAACAUAAGUAUUUUCUCAUGUAUAUGAGCAAGUUUGACUUAUCAAAUAUAGAUAUGCAAAGGAUUUUUAUAGGAAAUGAAUGUAUCUGUCAUUAAUUGCUAAGAAACAAGAUAGACUUUACUUGGAAAUGUUUGUAAUAGAUGACAGAGCUUAAUAGUUUAUCAGGUUAAAUUUUAAGGCAAAUUUUGACAAGAUUAUAUUAAAUAAUUGAAAAUUGUUAGCUGUUCUCAUGUACAGUAUUGCUUAAUUUAGUGUUAAAUAUCAAUGCAGAUUUAAAUUGUGUUAUUAGAUAAAUGCUACUUUAGAGUUAAUUUUGGCUUGCUGUCUGAGAAUAUCUGUUGAACUUGGCUAAAUACAUAGGCAGAUUACCAGUAUUUUGCUUUAAUGAGUUCAGAAAAUAUAUUGAGUAUAGUGUGAAGGCUACAUUAGAAUGCAACUUUCUUCAGUUGUCAGUACGUACUGUAUCUUUAAUGUGUGCCAUACCACUGAGUUAAUUUGCAUAAUGUCUACCAUACCACUGAGCUUAUUCAUAUACUGUGCCAUACCAUUGAGUUUAUUUGAAAAGUGCUGUUAUUUUUUUUAUUAUUUUUAUAGUAUUUUUCAGCUAUAUUCUUCACCCACAUGCACUUCAUUUAAUAAUUAGGUAAAAGUUUUCUAAAUCCAGUGAGUACCUGUACUUCACGAACACUUGAACACAAAAUGGAAAGCUCAUUUAAAUGGUCAAAAGAAUCUGUGCAUUAAUUCUGUAUGUUGUAACAUUUUCAUUAUUCCAGUGAGAUUAAUGUUGAAUUGCUAAUGCCAAUAAUCUUGUUUAAAGAAUCAAAAUUAGAUUACAGUACAGUUUACAGAAUCUGUGGGAAUUAGUACAAUACAGUAUUGACAAAAUUGUCUUAAGGCUUUGUCUGAAGAUUUGUACCAGUCUUGUGUAAAUUUAACUUAGCUUUAUAAUAAAACAAAGAAGGCUUCUAGAUUUUUCAUUGGCACAAUUUGUAUUCAAAAUUUUCUUGAUUUCUAGAUUUUAGUAAAAAAAUUAUUUUAUUUUGAAUAGGUUUGACUUCUAGGCUGAAGUAGCAAAGUUCCUCUUUGUUUUAAGUUCUUAAUUUAAUCUUAAGGUUAAGAAGCCAUCGGCAAUGUUUAUAUCAAGUAUUUGGCAAGAGUGUAAUAGUGAGAUGUAAAAACUUGGGCGAGUGUAAGAAGCUUCACAUGAUCGCUGUAUGUUGUUCUAGUCAGUAGUAUGCACAAUUUUAUGAUCAUCUGUAAAAGACUGUCAUAAAAUGCAUAGUUAGAACAAAUAAACUUAUCUGGAUUUGAAAA